UCCAAACUGCUUCAAACUUAUCCAGCGAACCCGACCCAAACACCUAACCCGACCCGAUUACAUAACCCAACCCACUGCAGGUCAGGCAUUUGGGCGGGAAAAAUGCAUGUUUUUCCACCUCUUUUUAUAUAGAGGUAGAUGCCAAAGGAAACAUCCUCAAUCACCCACCAACCCAUCCCAUUCGUAUCAAGCAGCAUCUUUGAGGAUAGGAGGUCUGCAAAACACCUUUUCAUCCACCAUACACGCACCUAAGCAAGGGGAGGAAGAAGGAAGGGAAGUGAAGAAGAGAAAGGAGGGAACUAGGAGGAAAACGUGUGGUUAACAAGGUACUUCAAGAACUUUCACGGAGUUGAAAGGGUCGCCGGAGUUGUCGCCGGAGUUUGUUGAAGUUCGCCGGAGUUUCACCGGGGCCAAAUCGGGGAGGCUAGAACUUCAUAAGCUUCACUAAGGUUAAGGCUUGAGACCUAUUCCUGCACCUUUGCCUAGGGUGAUCAUCAAAUAAGGAAGACGUGGUUCGUGCUUUCAUUCUUAUUUGUAACAAUGUAAUUACUCAUGGAUAUUUAAACAAUGUUUUCUAUUAAAUUAUUGAAGGGCCUGCGUGCUCAUGUUCGCCACGUGUGGCUAGUUGUCAAAUACUCCCUCCGGUUCUUUUUAAACUUCAGUGUUUGACUUCACAGUUAUUAAGGAAAUAAAGUUGACUUUACUGUAGAGUACACUGUUGAGACACUGUUUGGCACUGUUGAGACACUGUUUGGCACUGUUUAGCACUGUUUAACACUGUUUUGAUGUAGAUUUCUUUGCCAAUUAAGGAAAUAAGGAAGUGUGAAGUUUAUUUUGGACCGUCCGAAAAAGGAAAGUGUGAAGUUUAUUUAGAACCGGAGGGAGUAUAUUUUAUUUCCGCAUUUGUUGACUAAUAUAUUGAUGUUGAUUGUAUGAGUUUACUAAUCGAUUUGACAAUAGAAUCUAUCGGACGCCUUGUAUGAUUCAAUAAGAAUGAACUACGUUGUUC